AUGGCGGAUAUUAAUGUUCAGGAUCAUCCUAGGAUGUUUUCUGACGAGGGGACUGAAUCUAAAAAACUCUAUUCAGGCAGCAGUUUAGAAGGUCCGAGGCGAGCUAUCAAACCCACGCACUCGAGACACCAAACCAGCUCGCGCAGCUCCGAUGAAGACAUAACCGUAGCGCACCGUGUUCCCCUGCCUCUUGGAAUAAUCGACGCCUUGGUCUGGUUCUCGAACCGACGAGCGAAGUGGAGGCGACACCAACGCAUGAACGCCCUCAAGUCGCAGGCCGCUGGAGGAGGUGGCGGUGACUGGAGGACGAUGGGAGGCGAGAACUCCGCCUUCAAGGCUCCGGACAGGAUGUCGGACACCUCGGAGGAGAUCAACGUGACGGAUUCCGAAGAGGAGUCGCGGCAGGGUUCGGAAGCAGCGGUUCCUCUUCAUCGCCAUUCACCUCCUCAGCCACAGGAACAGGAUCUCCCUCGGCUAGCACCUCCGGCCGAUCUAAGGGCGUCCAUCGAGAGCUGGAGGGAAUCGGCCCUCAGGGCAGAGCCUCUGCAGCUGACCAAGUACGACAGGGAUCGUGCUCUCUGAGGGGGUUCAAAUCUUCCCGUCUACGUCUCGACUCGUCAAUAUUCACAGAAAACGUUACUUCUUCUGUAAAUAUUUGCAAGCAGUGUUCAGCUGAACUAUAAAAUCCUAAAUUUAACAUGGAUAUUAUAAUUAACUACUGAAAUAUCAUUAUGAUUCAACUAUACAAUAAAUUAUAAAGCCUUCUCAGUUAUAAACAGUUAUGAAAUUUAUAAUUGUAUUUCAUUUAGCAGAAGAGAAUCAAUCUAUGAAAUAUAUAAAACUUAGAAGUUGAAAAGAUAUAUCGUCGAUUUAAUAAAAAAAGUCAUUAAGUGACAUUUCAUAAACUCAAAUAAUUAAAAACUUGAAUGAAUUUUCCCUCAGUCAAAUCAGAACAUUGUGUAAUUUUUGUAACUAUAUAUGAUAUUUCAAUGUUUUUUGAGUGCUCUUACUGAGUUUUUUUUGUCAAUAAAUAAAGUCAAAAUUAACUUAAAAAUUCAGUUCCUUCAAAAAUAUAUCAAGUGACUUUUUGCAACGAACCAACGAUAUAUAUAUAUUUGAAAUACAAAUAUAACUUCUAUAUAUAUUUCAUAUUCUUGUUGUAUUAAGUUAUUUUGUUUUCAAGUAAAAGGCCACUUAAUCACCAAUUAAUUUAUUUAUUUUAAAAUUUUAAAGACGGCGUUUCAGCCUGAAAUGAAUUUUCUACUUUGGUAGGUUUUUUAAAUUUAAAUCGCCCUUAAUAGUCAAAAUUGUAACUAUGUAAUUAAAUUACUUAAAAGCAUUUUUCAUAAAGCAAUGGUUGUAGAAAACAAAUUUUGGUUAAAAACUAAUAAAAUAGUUGUUUUUUUUUUAAUUUAAAAAUCCUAAAUAUUUUGAACUAAUUUUAUCUGAAUUUAUAUCAUUUUAUAGUUAUCAUUAAAUAAAAAAGUAUAGGAGUGAUUAAUUUCGUACAUCAUCCAAAAGGAAUCAAAGGCAUUAUCGCAGUUUUACUCAAUGUUAAUGUUUAUUUUUGAAAAAAUAUUAAUAGGUAUUCUCAUUUUACUUUCGACAAAUAAAAAAGCUUUAAUUUUUUUAACUAAGAGAAUCAUACAGACAAUUACAUAGUAGUUUAUGAAAUAAGUCAUGUUUAUUUAGAGAUUUCUACAUUAAAUAAUUUUUAAUUUCAAUAAGAUUAUAUUUUUAAUUACAAUGUAUUUUACGACCCUUUAAAUUCCUUUAAAUGACGUGUGUCUAAUUUUCAUAUUUGAUAUCAUAUGUAAAUCAGUUUUUGUUUAGAAUAAAUAAUAAACUUUUUGAGAAUUUUCUUAAAUUUUAAUGUGUAUAAAUUUAGAAUUGAUAUAUAUUCCGUCCAUGAUUUAUUAUUAAUAUAUAUAUAUAUAACUAAAAAUAUAUCCAUGUGAUCUUCUAUAUUUUAAUAGGAUUAUUUGUAAACUCUAAUUAAAAAAGUCUAUAAUUGGUGCUAUUUAUUGUAAAUAACAAUUUUAAGAUUCAUAGCAAUCAAACCAAAGUACUAUAACUCUGGCGUUGUUUUAAACAUUCCAUAACGUAAAUUAUAUUAGGUAUGUAUUUAUGUUAUUAUUAAUUAAAUGUAUAGCGAAAUCAUUUCUUGUCGUUUGCGUGUAAAGAGAAAAAAUAUAAAUAAAUUUGUGUAUUUUUUUUAUUGUAAAUAUCUCAAUUAUUUUUAGGUCUAAAAAAAAUUAAAAUAAAAAAAAAGUAUUCCAAGAAAAAAAUGAAAUUCUAAAGAAAGUUUCGGUUAAGGGGUGUUACAUAUUUCACUGGGAGUGGGGAUUUUCCUUCUAGACUUUUAUCAUUUUUUUUUAAUCUUUUCGUCAAUAAUUUCAAAACUGCAGCUGGUAGUAUAUUUAAUGAUUCACCAAUUUAAUAUAAAACUGUGGAGAAUUAUUUUAUGUAUAUUUACAAAUCUUGUGAUCUAUAUUAUGUAAAUAGCGAAUGCAUAAGUUGUUAAACAUUAGUCCGAAAUUGUAUGUAUAAUUGUGUAUGUAUGUUAACUAUUAUAUUACGCCUUAUUUAUUGAUCGCUGUUAUUUGUUAGUAUGUGGCUUUGAAAUGUAUGUAUGCGUGUGUAUGUUGUGUUAUGUAUUAAUUAACUGGAUAUAUAUGUACGUUAUUUAUGUAAAUAGAAUUCUUUUAAAUUUUAAUUGUACAAUCAGUGUAAUAUGAAUACACUUAUACAUUGUAAUUGUACACAUAAAAAAAAGUACACGGAACCUGGUAUUAACAAUAAGAUUCGAUUGUAUUGUAUGAUAUUCGUUUAGUUUAUAAUAUUAUUGGAUGUAUUAUGUUGUAAAUAUUUCUCCCUUCACGAUUUGAGAGUAGUCUUUAACUUUAAUUCAAUAAAUGAUGUAAUUUAUUUUUUAUUGUUGCAAAUAAAGUGUAUGUAUUAUUUUCUAUAAA